AUGAAUAAGACGCGCCGCACUAAAAAAGCGAUCACUGUGCAAACGGAUCCGGUUUUCCGGCCUACGGCCAUCAAUAUCGAGGAGGUGGGGCAGGACCAACUUGCUCCUAAGUAUAUAAAAGACGUGGCUCAACUCUUAGAGGCACCAUCAACGAGUUCGAGCUCCAAAAUGCGCUUCUCCACCUUCUGUCUUCUGAUUUCCGCCUCAGCGCUCGUCGUUUCGGUGGGUCUUUUUUAUUAGCUAGCAGUUUUUUUUAGGAGUUCACUGGCUCGCUUCAAUUUUUUAAUCGUACUGAUAUGUUUGAUGUGAUAAAAAAGCUAUGCACUCAAGACUUACAUUAGGCUUAAAAAAAGUGAAAAGUAAAAUCAAUUUUUCCCCGCUUUGUUCAGUGAAUCGGUUUUUUUUGAAAUAUAUAUUUGGUAGCGCCUGAAACAUUUCCAUGAAAAAAAUUUUUUUUUCUAAUUUUUUUGUUUCGCAAUCUGGACCGAGAGCUUUUUUUCUUGGAAUUAGCCUGACGGCGCCGAAAAAGGUUGAAAAAAACUACGAAGCCAGUCUUGGCAGAGGCUUUAUAGAAAAUUAAUCAAGAAAUAAUACUUCUAUUAGCGUUUCCUUCUUUUUAUAACAAAUAGUUCAACUCACAUUUAAAGUUUGAGAACUAUUUGACUCGAAAAGAAUAAGCUUCGUAGCAUUUUCCUGCUUACAAAUGUUCUUGUGCAACUAUCUCACUCUUUUGAAAUGUUCUUGAUUCCAAAUGACCAACUAAAUUUAACAAAAAUCAUAGUCAUAACUAGUUGCAGAGUAGGAAACCUGUAUAUUCUCGGAAAAAAAGACUCAGAAGCUCAUUGUUUCAGGCAAGCGUCAUCCGUGAGAAGCGUCAAUGCGGAUGUGCCUCUCAGGCUCAGCAACAGCCAACCUGCUCUUGCUCCCCCUCUCAGGCUCAACCCUCAACAGCAACAGCCACAGAUGUCGUGCUCCUGCCAGUCUGCUCCAGUCCAACAGUCUCCAUCUUGCGGCUGCGCUCCUCAGGCUCAACAGCAGCAGCCUCAGACGAUGCAGGUCCAGACGUCUCAAUGCGCUCCAGCUUGCCAGCAAUCAUGCCAGCAGCAGUGUCAAGCGUCGCCCAGCAAUAA